AUGUCUCUCGGAAAGUUAUUAAAUCGUUCAUCGGAAUGGAACAAUAAGGAAGAGGUUUUGAAAACCAUCUACUGGAUUAAACAAAUUUAUGCCAUUAUUAGCGGAUUAGUUUUCGGAAUUGUUCCAAUUCUAGGAUUUGUUGGAUUUGCUAGCUUUGGCGUCUCCGUUGCUCUCAUUUCAUACAGCGUGGCUUACACUGUGAUGCGAGUUUCUCAAAAUGUCAUUGAUUCGCCAAGUACUGUCAUUACUGAAGGAAUGUUUCCUGCAUUAACCCUUUUUAUUUUGACUUGGACUUGCACUUAUUCCUAUUUACAUGCAUAG